UGUUCACAAUGAAUUUCCUUGUGAUAUUCAUGUUGCUUCUUCCCGCGACGGUUUCUAGCGAUGACAUGAGAAAAAAAAUCGACCAUUGUAAGGACUGGAGUCGGAAGAUCGUUAGGUGCAGAAGGCACAUAUUGGUUAAGGGGUAUGGAGGUCCACGUAAAUUUGUAAGGAUAAUGGUUCGAAUAAGCUGGCGAAGUUUUCUGAGAAGGUACCGUUUCAAUCCUAAGUUUCCAGACCUGCACGACAUGUUCUAUAAGGUCGACCAGAGAAUUUGCCCACCCGAUAUAUUUGCCUACACCUGUUCGCUGAACAUCGCCACUUGUACUCAUACGUUUCAUAUUGGUAUGCCACUGAGGCCCUGCCGUGAGACAUGUAUGAAUUUCGCAACCGCGUGCAAGGAUAAGUACGUAUCUCCUUCACUCCAUAUGACCGUUGGAUUUCUGAGACAUAACUGCAGAUAUCUUCCGUUCUAUGACGAUAAACUUUGCAUGCAACCUGACAUGCGUACAGGAUGGACCUAUGAUCAAUCAUGGGAUUGGUACAUAAUACGUAAUUUUACGAAAGAUUUUUAUGAAGCCUUCUUUAGAAGCCAAUAUACUUUUGCUUUCACAGGCAAAGUUAUUUCCAUAAAUGAAACCGGUCGCCCUGACAACCCGUACGUGACCGCGCGAGUGCAAGUGACCAGACUUAUUAAGGAAGAUGAGAGCCGUUCUCUUUCACUAAAGGUUAUGCAAUUCUAUGGCGGAAAUCGGAGGUGCCCCACAAGAGGCACUUACGCUUGCUAUAGGGAAGGGGGAGAAUUUGGCUUCUUUGGUCACGAUAACAUGGUACAAGGAUUGACAAUAAGCUUUAGCCUGACACUACCGGAUGAACAAUUUCUCUUGGACAUAGUGGAAACAUUGUGGAGGACGAAAUACAAGGCUGAACUGGCGGAAAUUUUAAAACAAAGACGCAUAGAGGAAGAGAUAGAGAGGAAGAAGGAGCAGAAGAAGCUGGAACAAAGGAGAAAAAACCAAAGGAAGAAGCCGAAGAAGACCAAGGAGCAGAGGAAGCUGGAAAUGAUUAUUUUGACAGCUUCGGGCAGGCAACAGCAUCAAGAUGGUGGAUGAAGCUGAAUAAGAUUGAUACUUGCGCAACUUCAGAGGUCCCUGUCUACUAUUUCUUAACCUUUUUUAGAAAAAAAAUUUAUCGCCGGGGGCAGGGUGUUCAGUGACAAUAACAUUGAUUUACACACAACGGUGGGUUACGUGCAAUCGUUAAUGUUGAAACUCUAUGCAGGUAAUUGUAACAUAGUUUAAAUUAUAAAAGAAACACUCAAUAUCCUAUAAUCCCCCUUAAUACUCAGUUAAAGACCACUGAUCCCCCCACCGUUCUCCCUUAAAAGCAUGUAAUUCUCCAGAUCCUCCGAUCCCCCGAUCCCCCCGAUCCCCGGCCCCCAGCCCCCAGCCCCAAGACCC